CACAAGAUGAAAUUCAAUCUCACCCGCGUCAUAUCUUCAAGAGCACCCGACGGGAGGUUGGUUGUUGAACGGGUACCAGUACUAUGAAUGGAGACAAAGACAAGAUUGGGCAAAUGCAUUUUCACUUGUCUACUGCAAGUGAUCAAUAUUCCCUCAUCUGUCACUGGUGAUGGUGAUCGCUGCAGCGUCUUGUGGUCGACAUGCGUCUGUUGGGCGCAUACCCGGCACGCUUGUGGCACAAUAAUGACCACUUAGAAUAGGCCACCCUAGUCCCAUUCUUUCUAGCGUGGCCAGCUGUGCCACUUGGGUGGAUGUAGGUGGACCAAAAUAACCAGCCCCUUGCCUUUUUUGGUGUACGCAUAUGUAGGAUAUCCCAUUUCUACUGGAGGUGUGGGCCGCGGGAUUGGCAACGAAGGGUGCAAGAUGAGUACGUGGGUGUAAGACUUAUGAGUGGCACAGCGUGAGAAAAUGGGCAUAUCACCAAGUGUCGGGUGUUUAGAAGUGCGAAGCUUCUUCUGGCUUUCCCACCUCACUUCUUCCUCUGCUCCUUACCCCAGAUCCUCCUGGUCGACACUCGCGAUCUCUUGUCGAUACCCCGAGCGCCAGGCACAAUGGUUUCCCAGCAAGAACUAGAUGCGAUUGUUGACGACCAUGCCAGUCUCAAAAAGAUCACUCUUAAAGUCACAGUGGGCGUCUUCUUUGCCUUGUCCAUCCUGUCGGUAGUUGCAAGAGUAGCCAUCCGCCUCAAGACGCUGAGGCGAUUAUCUUUGGAUGAUUAUCUCUUGUUUAUGGCAGCCACAGCCCUAACGGUGACAACCGGCCUGCUUCUUCACAGCUGCGACCGCAUCUAUCUCUCGGCCGCGCUCCAAAAAGACCCAGCACUAGCCUUUCUAAUUAGUUCGGAGCUCUUGAUGGACCUUCUGAAUCAUGCAACACAGCAGUUUCACACCUUCCUCAUCCUUGCAUGGACCGCAAUCUUCUUCGUCAAAUUCUCCUUUCUCGCCUUCUUCCGGCAAUUGAUCUGGAAGACAAGGGUCCAACGCUAUUACUGGGCCGUAGUAGGGAUCACCAUCGUCUCGUACCUUUUCUUUGUGGCAGAGCCAUUUAUUCUGUGUUCCGAAUUUGGGAUUAAGGCUCUUUCCUGUUUUUCUCCUUCAAAAAACAUCCUCUACAUAUCUCUGACCGGCGUCGUGACCGGCCUGGACGCAACCACCGACCUCAUGAUUGUUAGUAUCCCAAUCAUUAUUCUCUACCAAGCAAAGAUCCGGACCCGACAAAAGGUGGCCCUUGGGAUGUUUCUCUGCCUGUCCUUGGUCAUGGUGUGUAUUGCCAUCACAAGGGCCAGCAAAAUUAAAGGAGCACAGGGCAUCGAUAUCCCGUGGGAGUUCUUCUGGCAGUUCAUGGAAGCCACUAUCGCAGUGCUAAUGGGCUCGUUGACUGUUUUCCGCACCUUACUCGCAUUUCAAACGAACAAGAAUUCAGAAGAGCGGAAAGGAGCGGCAGGCCCGAGCCCUAAAUCGCGAGCUUUGUUUUCCUUUCACGAACGCAUGAGGCGAUGGCGGGAAAAAAGGGCACAGCAUAGUGACGAGGAGUCUCUCAGCGACCUCCCGCAGAUCCCAAGUGCUACUAUGUCGGGAAUGCGUACCUUUAUACGGCGCAAUAACCGUGAUGAGGGCCUUGAAACUUCGGCUGGCACCGUGAGAGUCCUCUCGCAGAACGACACACUGGCCGAGAAAUUCGAUGCCUCUUCGCACCACCGUGUCGCUGUGACACCCAACAAGCAAGAUGACCAUCGCGUCGACUCUCGACAGGGCAACGGGGUAUCGUGGCCUUUGCCAAGCUCUGGAUAUGUGCUCAUAUCGACUGAAAUCAGACAAGAACAGUUAACCACGGAGAGGGACGAGCUACACUCAUCCCAUAUGACCAGCCUGGCUGGUUCAACAGUCCAAGGGGACUGGGAGAGCACUUAUCGCGAAAGCGGUCAGCCUGGAUCUGUGUAUCGGGAUAGCCGCCAGUACACCUACAACCCGCAGAUGUCGCGAUAGCCUACGAUGAAUAACAAUGAGGCGACGGUUGGCAACCCCGUUGCGUGGAAGCAUGUGGCCCCAAUGAGUCCUAUUCGACCGAGAUCGAGGAGCUAAAGGCGUGGACUCCGAGAGCUUAUAAUAAAGAUGUGUGGCAAGCUCAGAUACUGCCCGGGUGGCCUGCAGUAAUAGCUGUAAUAGGAUGGCGAAGGACGCAGGGGGGCCAAAAUACCUACCUCGGUACUUUCUCGCGGAUCGCAAGGGGCGGAAUUCUCAGGCAUUGGCUGGCAGCUAUCGACUGUGAUAGCGGAUGAUUUAGCGCGGGAUGAGGCAUUGGAGUCAUGCAAGAAAGCAUCAUCCCCCGUGAUGAUCGCCUUCUCGUUCUGAAUGAGAACCGGAACGGUCGUGGGGCAGUGACGCCCGGGUCAUGAACAUGGCUAAUACUGCAUUGUGCCAAAGCGUUGAUAUCAAUUUAGAUAAACACAUACAUAGACCGUACAUACAAGGCAGACAGCUAUUUUACUUAUUUAUUGCUCAGUAUAUUUAAAUCAUCUUCACGCUUACUGCACCA